CAUAGAUAGAUGAGGCGCGCCAAAAGAAAAUCCCAGUCACUCACUCGCUCACUCAGAAAUCCAAGUAACUACCACUACAGCUAACAAACAACAAUCAAUUUUUCUCAAGUCUGUGUCGACUAUGUCUCUCCCAUUAUCCUCCUGCAUUACCAACUCUCACAACAAGCUUAAUUUUAGCCUUUGCAUUGCUCCAAAACGCAGUUUUCAUUCUACCCAUUUCGCUUUCAGGCUCAGUCAUGCUUUUGGCGGCGUCACAGCCAAUACACCUCACCUUAAGAUUCAAUGCAAGUCUUCAAAAAGUUACAUCAAGGAUCUGGCUUACAACUACAAGCAAGAUAUCACUACUAAUUUAUGGGCAUCCACUUUUGAGCCGGGAAUGAAGAAACUUGAGAGUUUUCUUACUGUGAUCCUUAUCUUUGUGCAAAUUUCUUCACCACUACCUUUGGCUGGUUUGGAUUUUUGGCCUAUAUCUUCAGCAGAAGCAGUGCUUUACUCUCCAGACACAAAGGUUCCUAGAACUGGGGAACUUGCUCUCAGAAGGGCUAUUCCAGCAAACACAAAUAUGAAGGCUAUACAGGAUUCUCUGGAGGAUAUUUCAUUCUUGCUCAGGAUUCCACAGAGGAAGCCUUAUGGGACAAUGGAGAGCAAUGUGAAGAAAGCACUAAAGAUAGCAACAGAUGAAAAAGAUUCUAUUAUGGCAAGUAUACCGGCCGACUUGAAGGAGAGGGGAUCCACAUUGUAUGCAUCUCUGAUUGAUGGAAAGGGUGGUUUGCAAGAACUCCUCCGAUAUAUUAAGGAACAGGAUCCAGAUAGAGUUUCUGUUGGCCUUGCAUCUUCACUGGAUACAAUUGCUGAGCUGGAGUUGCUGCAGGCUCCUGGGUUGCAAUUUUUGUUGCCCGCGCAAUACCUGAAAUAUCCAAGGCUAACAGGCAGAGCAACUGUUGAAUUUACUGUUGAGAAAGCUGAUGGUUCAGCAUUUUCCCCAGAAUCCGGUGGUGAACCGAGAAAGACUGCUAAAAUUCAGGUCGUUCUAGAUGGAUACUCAGCACCAUUAACUACUGGGAAUGUUGCAAAACUGGUAGUUGAUGGGGCAUAUGAUGGAGUAAAGCUCAGCUGCACUGACCAAGCUGUUCUCACAGAAAAUGGGAAUGACAAGAAUAUUGGUUAUAGUGUUCCCUUAGAAAUAAAGCCAUCAGGUCAAUUUGAGCCCUUGUACAGAACAACAUUAAGUGUACAGGAUGGGGAGUUACCGGUGCUUCCGCUAUCUGUUUAUGGAGCAGUGGCAAUGGCUCAUAGCGAGGUUUCGGAGGAAUAUUCAGCACCACAUCAGUUUUUCGUCUAUCUCUAUGAUAAAAGAAAUUCUGGAUUAGGAGGCUUAUCUUUUGAUGAAGGACAGUUUUCAGUUUUUGGAUAUGUAACAACUGGGCGAGACAUCCUUUCACAGAUAAAAACUGGGGAUGUCAUCCAAUCUGCCAAAUUAGUAGAUGGUCAAGAUCGCCUUAUAUUUCCCAAUGACAACUGACUUAAACGGAGUGGUGUUUUCAAUCAUGGAGAGGCUUUGUUGGUGGGGCUACUGGAGUGGAAUUUGUGGAGAAAGAAAGACAAUUUUACUACAAAUUUGAAAAGAACAAAACAGUUGCGGAAAGGUGUUCGAUUUUUUUUAAUUAUUUAGACAAAAAAUAAUGAUAAGCGAGCGAAAAUUUAUUUCUUUAUAAUGAUUGCGGCUCAUUUAAGCCCUUGUAGUACUCAAAACUUGUACAAAAUACGAGAUGUCUUUUAUGCCGUGCACAUAUACGUGGCUUAAAUGAGCCGACAAUCGCCACAACGAUUUAAAUAUUUAUUCAGUUUUCACUGCAAAUCAUAUACAUUCUGUUAUAUUUUA